UUUUAAAAUACUAUUUUGAGAGAGGUGGCCGCCACGGUGAGGAGAGCCAUGGGUCAGGCGGCCAAGGUUUUACAGCUCUUUAAAACAUUACACAGGACCAGACAACAGGUUUUUAAAAAUGAUACCAGAGCAUUAGAAGCAGCCAGAAUAAAGAUAAAUGAAGAAUUCAAAAGUAAUAAAAGUGAAACUUCUCCCAAGAAAAUAGAAGAGCUAAUAAAAAUAGGUUCCGAUGUUGAAUUGUUACUCAGAACAUCUGUUAUACAAGGUAUUCACACAGACCACAAUACACUAAGGACACCUGGGUGGCUCAGCGUUUGAGCAUCUGCCUUUGGC